AAGUCACUGUCAAGAAUUUGAAUUCCUUACAAAUAUAAAUAACUUUUAGAUAUAUGCCAGAAAAGGAAAACAAAUUAAAAUAAAUAACAUCAAACUAGACGAAAUAGCUUCCGUAUCAAGAGAUACAAUCGCUUAGUUUUAUUCCGUAUAUAUUAUUACAUCAAAAUGUCUAUUGGUACCGUUUACGAGAGAGCAUAUAAGGGAGAUUUCAAUCAAGUUAAAGUUAAAAUAGAUGAAGAUGCAUCCUUGGUCACAGUUCCAGAUUCUAAUAAUCGUCUUCUUAUACAUUGGACAGCUUUAGGUGGUAAUGAAAACCUAUUAGAUUAUUUAAUUGAUGUAGGAAGUCCUGUUGACUGUGUUGAUGACACAAAUUGUACACCAUUAAUAUUAGCAUCUUCAGCAGGUAGAUUACAUGUAGUUAGACUAUUAAUUGGUAAAGGAGCUAACGUAAAUCAUAAAACAAAUCGUGGACAAACAUCUUUACAUUACGCUUGUUCAAAGGGACACAAAGAAGUAGCAAAAUAUUUGAUAGAAUCUGAUGCAAAUAUAAAUGAAGCUGAUAUAUUAGGAGCCACACCACUUCAUAGAGCCGCAGCUCAAGGCAGAAAUGAAAUAGUAGAGCUUCUUUUAAAAUCUCCAGAUAUUAAAGUGGACCUGUGUGAUUCUACUGGUUGCACUGCAUUACACUUAUCAUGUGAAGAAGAUAGAGAGAGAACAGCCUGUUUGUUGGUUAAAGCAGGAGCAAGUAAAGACAUUAAAAACAAAGAAGGAAAAACUCCUUUAGAUAUUUGCAACAAUAAGUUAAAAAAUACUCUUAUGAACUUAUUUGAUUAAAGCAAAAUGGUGGAGACAACCUUA